UGCGCCCUGAACUGUGCUGCGCAGUGAGCACAUAGGUGGAAUCUGGGACAAUGAGUGCGUAGCUCCGGAAGAGACAACAGGAUCAGAGGGGAAGGUGUUUGAGAUACACGUCCCAACUGAUAUUCAUCACGCAUCAUGGCAAAGCGGGUCAGACCUGGCUUUUACCGACAAGAAAUAAACAAAAGCGUGUGGGAAGUACCGGACCGGUACCGCGACCUGAUUCAGGUGGGGACCGGAGCGUACGGAACUGUGUGCUCAGCGCUGGACUCCAGGACGGGAACCAGAGUGGCCAUCAAGAAGCUCUACAGACCCUUCCAGUCUGAGGUGUUCGCCAAGCGGGCCUUCAGGGAGCUGAAGCUGCUCAAACACAUGAAACACGAAAAUGUGAUUGGCCUUCUAGAUGUAUUUACUGCAGACCUUUCUUUGGACCGAUUCAAAGACUUCUGUCUGGUGAUGCCAUUCAUGGGAACUGAUCUGGGGAAGCUGAUGAAGAAGACCAGACUAUCAGAAGAAAAAAUCCAAUGUUUGGUUUAUCAGACACUGAAAGGACUCAAGUAUAUCCAUUCUGCUGGUAUAAUUCACAGGGAUCUCAAACCAGGAAAUCUUGUCGUCAACCAAGACUGCGAGCUCAAGAUCUUGGACUUUGGCUUAGCUCGGCAGGCGGACACUGAGAUGACAGGCUAUGUGGUGACCCGAUGGUACAGAGCCCCGGAGGUCAUCCUCAACUGGAUGCACUACACACAGACAGUGGAUAUUUGGUCUGUGGGCUGCAUCAUGGCAGAGAUGCUGCAAGGAAAACCCCUUUUCAAAGGCAGUGACCAUCUAGACCAGCUGAAUCAGAUCAUGAAGGUCACAGGAACGCCGAGUCAAGAAUUCAUAUCAAAACUAGAUUCCGAGGAUGCUAAAAGUUACCUCAAAAGUCUCCAAAAAAUAGAGAAGAAAGAUCUUAAGACAUUGUUUCCAUCAGCUAGUUCCCAAGCCCUGGCAGUGCUGGAGCGCAUGCUUCUGCUAGAUCCUGAGGAAAGAGUGACAGCUGUGGAGUCUCUGUCGUUGCCUUACUUUGCUGUAUUUCGGGAACCGGCAGAGGAGACUGAGGCUCAACCGUACGACAACUCGCAUGAAGACAAGGAGUUGACUUUGGACCAGUGGAAACGUUGUGCCUUCACAGAAAUCUUGAGCUUCCAGCGUACGAUGUUGGAUGCAAAGGAAACGCCACUUUAAAGAUGAGUGAACUACAGCGGAGGACCAAAACAAACUAAUUCUGAACAAAGAGUUCAGAAUUAGAUUAGUACACGUCCAACAGGCCUGCUGCAGAUGCAGAUUUUAGAAUUUUCUAAAGUAAUUUGUUAAAGAGAUAUCUCCAAGCGUGUCACUCCUACAGAGCUCCGUGUUAUCGUUGCCCUCACCAACAGCUCUGAAGUGUUUGAGAUAUCAGAAGGCGUCUUCAGUUCAGACUGAUGGAAAUUUAAGGAACAUCUCCUCUUUAUAGACAACGAAACAUCUGCACAUGAAUUUUUAUUAAAUAUUUGAAUUUCUGUGCAAAUAGUUGCCAUUUUCAAGCAUUCCGUUGCAUUUAUGUUGUUCUUGAUAGCUAAGUGAUAGCUAAGUGUAUCAAACGUUUUCAGACAUAUCUGGUACUAUUCAUUUUCUUCUUUCUGCUCCAUUUCAGUAGGUUACUUGUGAUUUUUUUUAUCAAAACCUUUACAAAUUAAAGGUUAUUUAAAAAAAAUACAUAAAGGUAUUAUUAUUAGUGUUAUUACUGUUAUGAUUGUCAUUAUUAUUAUUGCAUUGAAUGGAACAGAUUUAACAAUCUUAAAACAGAAAUCAUACAUUUUUAACUUGCAGUGGUUUUUAAAAAAUAUAUGGGCAGUGUGGAUCAGUCCCCAGGUGAAGUAUUAUUUCAUGUUUUGUUUUUUCUAAGUGAUGUGGAAUGAAUUUGAUCAACUCUAGUUUGAAAUCUAAAGUACUCUGUAUCCAAACAUAAACAUUCAUCAUUCAGAGGUGAAUGGAGGUUCUUUAAAGUGCAAUUUAACGUUUUAUUGUGCCUUUCUUUGGGUUAAAAAACACAAAAAGAGCAUUUUUAAUUUGUUUUGGUAGUAAAUAGUCACAAAACCAGGUUUAUCUGGUUAAGCCUGGACUGAAUUUGAUCACUGAUUUUGGAUGUAUUAAUAGUUUGGGGUUUGUCAAAUUUUUAUGAGCAAGAGGGGAUUUUUGGUUUUCAUAAAAAUGUUAAAAUCAUUCUUGUAAUUAUGAAUAUGUUUUAUUUGUUAGGUUGUUUAUGGGGAUCAGGAAGAGGGCUCUCACCAUUCCUGCAGAAAGCUCCUCUGCAUUGAACUAUUUGAUAUACACUCAUCAGUCAUGCAUUACUACUAAACUGGGCAGCAUUAUUUUCAUGUUAACUGUAUAUGUUUGGUUUCUAAAACUCAUUAAAUUAACCAGAACAUUACAAAUGUAAGAAUUAAUUUGAGUGACCACAUUUUAAAAUGUAAUAUUUUUAAUAUUUAGUUUUAUUUACCUUCCCCAUGAGCAAUGAGUUUUUCCAAUAUCUUUUCAAACAAACAUUUGAUUAGAUUUUUUUCACACCUGUGCAUUUGUAUGAGUGGCCUUCUUGUUUCUACCAGGUGCCUUACAGAUAGUAACCAAACACAAAUAGUGCUGAGCAGAACAAGAAUUGUUUCACCAGGUUAUGCGCAAUAAUCCACUUAUUGAUUAAAGGGAAAAAAAGUGUAAAACAU